UGAAUGAAGUUUUCUGGGUAAUGGCUUGAAAUGUUUUCCUUAUGAGAAGUGGUGUUGAGUUACAGUGUGCAGGCUGAGGACUGGGAGGAGAGAAGCAGCAGUCCCAGCCCGGCCCCCACCUUUUCUUGGGCUUGUAGGAAGGUGGACACGGGGCUCCCGGAGACAAGACAGAGUGAUAUGUUUAACUGUCUAGUGGCUGGAACCGACUGCUCCCAGAGUGACCUAAGGACAGUGUUUGGCCGGGUUUAGCCAGGGGCCCGCGGAGCAGGCACAGAUGCUGCUCUGCUACGAAAUGCCACGCAGGCAGAGACUGACAAGCGGUAGGAACUGAGCUUUCCCUUUGGACCGCUGUUUCCUGCUGUGUUCAGGGGAGGGGGCCGCUUUCUGGCAACUCUGCUGCUGUUGCUGCUGCUGCUGCUGCUGCCGCUACUUCAGCCCCCUCUCCACUCCAGGUAAGCAGGCUUGAAGGGAGGGCAGGCUGCAAGGGAAGCCUUUGUACCAUGAACAAGGUCCGAAAGUUUUUCCGAGGAAGUGGGAGAGUCCUGGCAUUUAUAUUUGUAGCUUCUGUCAUCUGGCUGCUCUUUGACAUGGCAGCUCUCCGCCUCUCAUUCAGUGAGAUCAACACUAGGGUCCUCAAGGAAGACAUCGUCAGAAGGGAGCGAAUAGGGUUCAGAGUUCAGCCGGACCAAAUGAAGAUCGUUUACAGCAGUAUCAAAGAAAUAAAGCCCCCACUGAGGGGACAUGGGAAGGGCGUAUGGGGCAAGAACUUUAGAAAGACUGAGGAGAGUGUGCUCAAGGAUGAAGAUGAUCGGGACCAAACCCAGAGGGAAAGAAAAAUGCAGAAGGCCCCAGGAAGGGUUAAGGUUGCACCUUUGUGGCAUCCUGUACAUAUGCAGACUUUCCCAGUGAGUUUUACCAAGCAGAUGACAGAGGAGCGAGACUUCAAACCUGAAGUCUAUCCUCACUCUGUGACACCAAAGCAAACUAUAACUCAGGGGGCUCAGAAAACCCCAUUCAUAGCAGGAAGAGGAACUCCAUUGCCCAAAACAUCUGUACACACAGGGCCUGUGGGUAUAAACCAGGAGGCCCAGAAGAGUCACGGUCACAGCAGUGACACAUCAAAACAAGCCGCUGAAGGGAACCUGAAUGUGACCAUCAGGCUUAAUCCUAACAGAUCAAAGCAGCAGUCACAGGCAGUAGCAAAUGAGAGGAUACACCCUGCCAGCCCGUCAGUGCCAAAACCUAGGGAAGCCAUCGUCUUAAAUAAAACUGAGGCUCAGAGCAAAGAACUAAAUGCAUAUAAACACAAAGCCAAUAAAAACCUUCCCUUUUCCAAGUUCAUUGCCAAUUUAAAUGGCUUAAAGAAGCAUUCUAUUAAUGAGACACUGUUGGGAAGCUUGCCAAAGGAUGAUGAAGCCAAAGUGGCCGGUGGGAAGGAACUCAAUUUUUCUGAAAGCCAUGUUGUGGUUAUAACCAAGGAAGAGGAGCUAAAGAGAGGCACCAAAGAGGUCCCCAAUCCUAAAAGCAAAACUGUAUUUCCUAUAAUAUUGGGCGAAAGCCAAGGGAAACACAUUUCCAGGAAUAGAAGUGGGACAUCUUUCCCUUCACUUGCUCAACAGAGAGCAACAGUGUCUCAAACCAAUCAAGUCUUAGCUGGGGGCCUGAAACCAGCAAGAAUCAACUUACCUGACAAGGCCCAGCCUGAAGAACUCAACCAAAGUCAUACAAAAACCCUUUUACCUGAAGACAGCAAAAUGCACCAGGUGUUAAGCAUAGAUAUGACAGUUUCUCCAAGGGACCCAAAAGCUCCAGGUCAGUUUGGACGUCCUGUUGUAGUUCCCCAUGGAAAGGAAAAGGAGGCAGAAAGAAGAUGGAAAGAAGGAAACUUCAAUGUUUACCUCAGUGAUUUGAUCCCAGUGGACAGAGCCAUUGAAGACACAAGACCGGUUGGGUGUGCACAACAGUUAGUUCACAAUAACCUGCCGACCACCAGUGUCAUCAUAUGCUUUGUGGAUGAGGUGUGGUCCACUCUCCUGAGGUCUGUUCACAGUGUACUCAAUCGCUCUCCUCCACACCUCAUCAAGGAGAUUCUGCUGGUGGAUGACUUCAGCACCAAAGAUUACCUAAAAGAUAAUUUGGAUAAAUACAUGUCUCAGUUUCCAAAAGUUCGGAUUCUCCACCUCAAAGAGAGACAUGGCUUAAUAAGAGCCAGGCUGGCAGGGGCACAGAUUGCAACAGGUGAUGUGUUGACAUUCUUAGAUUCUCACGUGGAAUGUAACAUUGGUUGGUUGGAACCUCUUCUGGAAAGAGUUUAUUUAAGUAGAAAGAAAGUAGCCUGUCCUGUAAUUGAAGUCAUCAAUGAUAAGGAUAUGAGUUACAUGACAGUGGACAACUUUCAAAGAGGCAUCUUUGUGUGGCCCAUGAACUUUGGUUGGAGAACAAUUCCUCCAGACAUCGUUGCAAAAAACAGAAUUAAAGAAACUGAUAUAAUAAGGUGCCCUGUCAUGGCAGGUGGAUUAUUCUCAAUUGAUAAAAAUUACUUUUUUGAACUUGGAACAUAUGACCCCGGGCUUGAUGUUUGGGGUGGAGAAAAUAUGGAGUUGUCAUUCAAGGUGUGGAUGUGUGGUGGCGAAAUUGAGAUCAUUCCUUGUUCCCGAGUGGGCCACAUAUUCCGAAAUGACAACCCGUAUUCCUUCCCCAAAGACCGGAUGAAGACUGUGGAGCGGAACUUGGUGCGAGUUGCUGAGGUCUGGCUUGACGAGUAUAAGGAACUGUUCUAUGGCCACGGGGACCACCUCAUAGACCAAGGGUUGGAUGUUGGAAACCUCACCCAACAACGGGAGCUUCGAAAGAAACUAAAAUGUAAAAGUUUCAAAUGGUACUUGGAGAAUGUUUUUCCUGACUUGAAGGCGCCCCUUGUGAGGGCUAGUGGUGUGCUUAUUAAUGUGGCUUUGGGUAAAUGCAUUUCCAUUAAAAACACCACAGCCAUUCUGGAGGACUGUGACGGGAACAGCAAGUUUCAACAGUUUAACUACACCUGGUUAAGACUUAUUAAACAUGGAGAAUGGUGCUUGGCUCCCAUCCCUGAUAAGGGAGACCUGAGGCUGCACCCUUGUGAUAACAGAAACAAAAGGCUAAAAUGGCUGCAUAAAUCAACAUCAGUCUUUCAUUCAGAACUGGUGAAUCACAUUGUUUUUGGAAACUAUCAUCAGUUGUUAUGCCUGGAAGGAAAUUUUUCUCAGAAGACCCUGAAAGUUGCUGCUUGUGACACUAAGAAGUCAUAUCAAAAGUGGAAAUUUGAAAAGUAUUUUGAAGACUGAAGAGGAACUGUUGUUUUUAUCUGGUAAACCCAUUAAACACUGUGAAAA